UUGGCUAUUCAGCAGCUCAACGUCAGGUGUCAGGCGUGACUGCGGUUUCCAAGAUGUACAUAUGUACGUGCCUCCCUCUUCCAGCCAGUGGUGCCUCUUUGACUGUAAACACAACAAGAACAUCGCUACAAUGGCCCAAUCAUCACCACAACCGGACGCCUUGCCUCGAAGGACAUCUCUGCCGUUACAGAUUAAUCGGCUACGCGCAGCAUCGGUCAGCACGACGAAUAAAAUCCUGAACUAUGAUCCACAGCCAGGCAUGUGGGCGGCGACUGGAACAGCCAUUGCACAUGCGCCCAACCUUCGCGAUCUGCGAGAGAACAAUAUCGACUUUGAUGUGGAUGGACAUCUCGCAAAGAGGCUUGCAUUGCCAAAAUCUGGUGACAACAAGCGAGCAUCGACCGUACCAAACAUAUCACCUACGCAGUCUCAAACCACUGAGAGCAAUGUCGACAAGAACUCGCUGGAGCCAAUGAUCAAAAGCACAUCCUCUUCCGAUCAGACGGACCCAGAGACGCCCAAGACGUGGAAACAAACCAUAGUUACCGGCCUCGCCGCGUUCUGGCGCUUCUUCAAAACACCCACUGGUUUCCUCAUUACCCUGUAUGGCCUGAAUGUCGUUGCAUGGGGUGCCAUGCUAUUCUUCCUCAUUCUCAAGGCCGCACCUGCCAUGAACCAUCCCGAUGGCGGCGACGCCAACUCAUCCCCUCGGAAGAUCUGGAUUGAAAUUGAUUCGCAAAUCCUCAACGCACUGUUUUGUCUGACAGCAUGGGGACUUGCACCGUGGAGAUUCAGGGAUCUCUGGUGGCUGUGCGUGUGGCGUUUCGGACGCAAUACCGAGAGAAGCUCAAGAGCGAUCAGAAGACUGGCAGCCAGGAACGUGAGCUGGUUCCGAUUGCAAGAGGGUGAUUUAUUGGAGCAAGGCGAAGAAGGAGUCAAUCCUGUGUUGAUACGUCGGAAGACUUUCUCAGGAGAAAGCGCACCACCCACAGCAGCUUGGAAGAUGGACUUUGUCGUUUGGAUGAUGGUAUUGAACACACUCUUCCAGGUCGGAAUGGCGUACAUGAUGUGGAGGUACAACCGAAUUGACCGUCCAACCUGGGGAGCAGGUUUGUUCAUCGGCCUUGGCUGCGGAGUUGGUAUGUUCAGCGGCCUGAUGUGCUGGUGGGAGGGAAGGAAGAUCAAGGAGAUUGAAGGACCAAAACUUGUCAAGGAGAAGGAUGCAGAAGUUGUUUGAAACAGGCAAAGAGCAUACAUACCUGAUUGUUAGAUGAGCAUAAUGACAAUGUAUUUUUGCCUCAAGAGGCGGA